AUGUUUCUAAAGGUCACACAAAUGUUCAGAAAGCGAUGGUACGUGUUGGUAGCUGCGGGUCUGUGUGCGAUCUACUUCUACUGUUCAUUGGACUACUCUUUGCCUCGCUUCGGGGAGCAUCGGAGAUUGGAUGUCCCAAGUGCCCCGUCUGUACCGCUUUCCAAUGCAAUAGAAGAUGACGAUGAACUAUUGGGUUCUGAUAUAAAGAACAGAACUGCUAUUAUUGAAUUUUUAGAGAGGAAGUUACAGAAAGCCCUAAAAUGGGACAAAGGGACAGGCUGCAAGAUCCCGAAGCUGGACCCUUAUUCAGACGACAUGGCUUGGUCUUACAAGAAACUGGGACCCCUGAAAUGCAAGGGACAAGAUUGGGUGAAAUGCUAUCAUUCAAAAUGUCGCGUCGUAGACUCAAUAAGAGACACACACACAAACAUCCAGUGCGAGUACAGAGACAUUAUCUACAAAGACGAUUUCCACCACGACUUCGGGAAACCUACUGUAGUCAAAGAUGGCGACGUAUACCAGCUGUCAGCCAGUGAUCACGUCAGCGUACAAUGUACGGGAACUGUGCCAAGUAUGAGAAAGACAGAAAAAUGGUCAGGCAACACGCUCGGUUUCCGUCCUCUCUCCCCUCCGGCCAAACCCCUGGACGACCAGAUCAACGUAAUGAUCCUCGCAUUCGACUCCACUCCUCGGAGCGGCUUCAUCAGGCUCAUGCCCGAGAGCUGGAAGGUCAUUAAUGAGGAGUUGAAGGCUACGGUCAUGGAAGGGUACAAUAUAUUAGGUGAUGGAACACCUGCCUGCCUCUUUCCGUUUCUUACUGGCAAGACAGAGCUGGAGCAUCCGGAUGUGCGGAGAACUAAAACGAACAACAGGACGUUGGAUGACUUCCCUUUUAUAUUCAAGCAUGUAAAGGAAGAAGGGUAUGCCACGGCAUAUAUCGAGGACAUGCCCCUCGACAACACAUUCACGUUUCGUUUCAACGGCUUCACGAAACAGCCCUCCGACCAUUACUAUCGCGCGUUCCGAAACGCGAACAAGCGACUUUUCAAGGGUUGGAACUUUUGCUAUGGAGAUACCCCGCAGUUUAAGAUCAUGAUGAAUUUGACGGAGCAGUUUCUGGAGAUCGAAGGAAGGAGAUUCAUCUUCACAUUCAUCGGGGACAUUUCUCACGACAAUUUCAACUACAUACAGUACGCUGACGGAGACUUAGCGGCUUUUUUGAGGCAUAUGAUCAAACGGACGGAGGAUACGCUUAUUAUAGUCAUGGGAGACCAUGGGCCCAGAUACGCAGCGGUCCGCAAGAAGCACUCCCUCCGCGGCAAACUCGACGAGCGCCUCCCUCUCCUCGCUAUCCGCCUCCCGGACCGCCUCACGCGUGCUCGCCCCGACGCGUUAACCGCGCUUCAAACUAACUCGCGCGUAUUGACCACUGCACAUGAUUUACACGCGACCAUAUUGGAUGCGGUGGGUUUGAGGAAGCACUGGAACCCGUAUAAGGUGGAGGGGGCGGAUUUGAGGAGGGGGCUGACUUGGCUAGAGCCGAUCCCCAACACUCGCUCCUGCAGCGAAGCCGGCAUUGAGACGCACUGGUGCACCUGCUUGGUCUGGCAGAACGUUUCCGACUCCGAUCCGAUGUACAACAGGACUGCUAAUGCGCUGAUAAACUAUAUCAACACAUUUACAAAGGAUGCUGGACCCAAGUGCAUCCCUCGCACCGUAGCGUCUACAAGUUGGGUGCUCCGACAGCGAGUCAACAACCGACUCCUCGCUUUUAAUACCGCUAUUGAUUACGACACUUACUUGGGACGGUUUAACGCCAAAACAAAAGUCACUAUAGAGAAUUUUCAGAUUGGAAUCGAGUCAAACCCAGGAGGUGCGGUAUACGAAGCAUCCCUGACCUACAAUGUUAAAGACGACAAGUUCAUAGUACAGUCCAGGGAUAUCUCAAGGGUGAACGCAUACCGAGGUGAAUCGGAUUGCAUCCUCGACUCUCACCCACACCUCGCUCCGUACUGCUACUGCAAAGGCUGACGAACAGACUGAAGUAGUGUUAUAUGCAAAGUUAGGUCUCUAAGCGCCAUCCGCUAACCCGGGGUUAACGGGUUAGCGGGAAUAAACUUUAAAGCGUACUAAAAAUCACAACACGUUAUUUAAAAGAUGACAAAUGAUGGUCAGUUUGAGCAGUACAGCCUACAGUUUAAAUUAUAGUCCUUAUUAGAGCGUUUUCGGAUGGAUGUCGGAUGGAAGUAAAAUGGA